AUUGUCAAAUUAUAUAGGUACAUCGUAAAAACAAAAUGAUUGUGAAAUGUGAUUUUAGUUGGUGAAAUAAUGUUUUUAAAUAAAUUGUACGCUCAACGCACAAUAAAAUAGUCAUAAGCAUUUUAGAAGAAUAAAUGCAAUGUAUUUCCAACGCCGGUGACAACGGUAACAUUAGCCAGGAUUAUCGAGACGUCGCUUGUUUUAGUUUUAUUUCAUGGGUUGUGCCGUAUCAUGCGUACACCAGACAACAAUGGCGUUGUUUGGUAAGCACUCCAGUACAAAUAGUAGUGAUACUCGAGCAAAGCUAGAACGUAAAUUGUACCUAGCCAAAGAAUCCCCAGAAAGUGAUUUCGAUCUAUCCGAGUGUGAACUGCGACGAGUCCCAUCCGGUAUUUAUUCAAUCUGCAAAGUGUACAGGAAAGAACACUUGCACUUGCACAAGAAUCAUCUUGAGUCUUUAGAUAAUGGAGGACAUUUAUCUGAUUUAUAUCUCAUAAAAGUUCUCAAUUUGAGUUACAAUAUAUUUUCCAAGAUUCCUGAUGAUAUAAGACAUUUAAUCAGCCUGAAUGAGUUGUACAUUCAAGGUAAUUUAAUUAAGGAAAUUCCUGAAAGUAUUGAAUGCUUGCAAAAUCUUCAAAUUUUAGACAUUUCGAACAAUAGACUCACUAGGCUUACCCCUGCUGUAGGUAAGUUAAAAAGUCUGCGAAAACUUAAUAUUACAGAAAACAAAGGACUAAAUCAACUGUGCCCUGAAUUAUGUUAUGUUACUAACAUAAUACAGAUUCAUUUAGAUGGUGAACAAUUUGUAUUCCCUCCCUCAGAAGUGGCUACCCAAGGCACUACUGAAAUAAUGAAAUUUUUGUGUAAUGUAAUGGAUGUGGAUUAUUGUCCACCUGAACCUUUUGAGUCCGAAGUGCCUGUACAAAGUCCAAAUUUAGUUAUAGACCCAUUUACAAGACGUAGUUCGAUUACAUGGGAGGAACAUGAGGCUGCCAUAAUAGAGCAGGAAAACAAAAUACAUGAAGCUGCCAAGCAACAAAGAGAAAAGUUCUUGUCAAAAAUUUUACAAGAGCAACUAGAAUUAGAUUCAGAAAUAGCAAAAAUUCAGGAAGUUAAGGAUGCAGAUCGACAGAGGUUGAUUAAAGCUAUUCAAGAUGAUGAAAGAGAAAUUGAAUGUUUAGUUAAAAAUUUCAUUCAGUCUGAGAACUUAAAGCCAGAAGUAGUACAGCAACAACUGGCCCAUGAACAAGCGGAACAUGAUCGUAUAUUGGAAAUUACUCGUCAAAACUAUGAUAACAUUAGGAAGGCUGAUAUUUUAAAGGCAAUGGCAACACUCAUUGAAGAAGAUUAUGUUCUUCAGUAUUCUAAAAAACAUUAUGAAGACUCUUUUAAUUCUGUUAAGGAAAGUAUGCUUAUGCAGGAGCUAGAAGGAGCAGAAAAAUUACAUGAUCUACUAAAAGCUAAAGAUGAUUCACGUUCAAUUUUGGUGCAACAACUUCUGGAAGACCAAGAUAUACAGAAGGCAGUUGUAGCAUCCUUAGUUGAGAGAGUUGAUGCAAGAAGUUGGAGUUUAAAUGAAGAAAUUUCUUUAAUUUCAAGUCAUUUGGCUCGACUCAGUGUGAUUGAGCAAGAGAAAAAGAAGCUACAAGUUGCUUACAAUUAUAAUGAAUUACUUCAUCAGAGAACUCAGUUAGUUAAUUUGUUAGAUGAUCUUUUGGACCAACAGUCUUUAAGAAGAAAACAACUCAUAGAUACAUUAAAGGAAAUGGAAAGUCAAACUGAUAAGACUACAGAUUUUUGGCUGAAAAAUUAUCAGAAGUUAUUAGAUUCUGCACCAAAAUCUUUACUGAAUAUUGGAAAACAUCUUGAUCCAGUAUUUGCAAAUUAUCUUUUACAAGAAGGGGUGAUACAUUGUUUGCCAUUUUUAGUCAAAUUUAUUUUUUCUGGUGAGUCCUUAUUGAAUGUCACCCUAGAGGGAUUGAAAGAAAAUGGGGUUUUGUUGUCUUCAGAUAGGGAAGGAAUUAUAAGAGCAAUUGACAAUUAUGUGGGAGCAAAGAACCAAAACUUUGAGGAAACUGAAAAUGUAACUUUACAACCUACUGCUCCAACGGAUAUAGCUGAGACAGAGCUGCCAUAUUCAGGGGUAGUAAAUAUUGUUGAAGGGGGAACGUCAAUGGAGUCAGAAUGUGUUGUCUGUAUGGACAGUAGAUGUGAAGUGGUAUUUGUACCUUGUGGACACAUGUGUUGCUGUCAACCUUGUGCUUCCAAAGACAUGGAUUGUUGUCCAAUGUGCAGAGGUGAUAUUGAAAGGAAAAUUAAAGUAAUGAUUGCAUGAUUACUUUAGAAAUGUAGGUUUGCAUUUAAAGGGUGUAUAUUCACCAACUUUUAUUACUUUGUUACAAACGCUCAAAACAUAAAUUGUUUAAUAUUUAUGUUAUAGAUUUCUUUUAUCUGUAUAUAGGUAUAAAAUCACACAGAACACAUCUGUUGCAAAUGUGUUAUUUAUUUGGAAUAUAAAUGUAUCCAACAAUAUGUAUAUUAUACAAUAUUUGUGUACUACAGAGGUAAGGACAUCAUCAACCUUCUGUGUUAACUGGUAUUUUUUUAUUAGAUAUACCUAAUAAUUUUAUUAUUAGUGGGUACAAAUAAAGUGUUCUAAACAUUUCAAAUAAAUAGGUAAUUAGUUAGCAAUAAUACGGAAUUUGGCCGAAAAUAGCAUACUUUACACAAUACGCUUUAGCACCGUUUAGGUGAUAAUAAAAUAAUGGUAAAUAAUCGAAUCAAAUCCGAACAUGUGUGUCAGUGUGAUUCAGACUGAAAAUGAGAUUUCUUGGAUCUUUUGAGUAUUUUUUAUUAGGUUUCAUAUUAUUAAUGGAAACAAUAAUUAUGCUAUGCUACUCAGCUUACAAUUAAGAUAAGAGUUUAAGGGAUAAUUGAUUUGCAGAAAUAAACAUGAUUCACUGCUAUUCUGGGAACAUUACAAUAUUGUUUUCUACCUAUGUAUGUUUAUCACAAUAUUACCUAUUAUGUUGGUUUUAAGAGUAGUGGGUAUGGGUGGAUUACUCGUCUAUCAACACUAUCUACAUUACACAAUAAGAAUUGUCAAUCUAAAAGAUUGUGCCUUUAUGUAUGAUGUUAUUUGUAUCGACUUCUUGUUCACUAUACUACAGAAGUAUGUUGUUUCAUGUUUCAAAUGGUGGCCAGAGAUUUAAUAUUUACUGUAAACUCAUUAUAUUAACUGGAUUAGUUUUCCUGUUUGGCCAUUGUUUGAAAUAUGUUGGUGGUAACACUUUUGCUAUAAAUAAGGUAUUGCAAUAACCAUUAUUAAUAGUCGUAGGUAUAAAAUUGUUUAAUCUAUACUAUAAAUUUCUAUAUUUACGCUAGUGUCGUGAAGACGAACAAAUACUUUAUUAAUUUCAUAUUGAUAGGCAAUAAGGCUGUGAUUUACUAAUCUUAAUGUACUGUUAAUUUGUUAUUACUCUUGUAGCAUAGGUAUACUAUUUAACCCGUUUGCAUGUAUGAAAUGGGAACAGUUAAAUUGUGGUGUUUCCGAAACCGAUAUUUUCUGUACCCUUUAUUAUUUAAGACACAAUAUUAUUUUCGUUCAUACAUUUGGUAGGUAGGUACCUGGGUACCUUAUUUAAUGGUUAACUCGUGGUAUACAUGGGUUAACUCAGGAGAGUUUAUUUUCUUUUUUUACAAAUGUAUGAAAAUAUAGUGUACCUAUUAUGUAUUUUGUGGGUACUCUGUAUUGUGUGCCAUUUCAAUAGAUGUACAUAGUAAAUAGUGCUCUUAUAUGUAUAAUGCCAUUAGUAUCGGGUAACCCAACGAACAAACAUCGAUAAUCGAUGUCAAUGCAUUUCAUAAGAUUUUUGUACCAAAUUUCUAGCAUAGAUUACAUAUAAUUCUCUUAUUUAUAUCCUACAGCAUUUAGUUCCUUCUCUUGCUAUUAAAUUAUUGUUAUUGAUUAGCCUUAAACAAUUUUGAAGUCAUUUGACGUCAACAGUGUGCAAAUUAUUACACCUACGGAUUGUUAUUCAAGCUUGUUGGAUUGUUAUUUCCACAUUUUAAAAUACACGAUUUUAGCACA